CAAAUUGAAACAACGGAGCAGUCGGUCUGAACAGCAGCAGCAGGGACUCCAGCAGGCACACAUUUUAACCUUUCACUUGGCAUUUCUCGGUCCAGUUUAGCGAACAUGGAGGAGGCCAACAAGCUAAUCGGCACGGGCAAGAGGCACCUGGUGAUGGGGAAGGCGGUGGAGGCGGUGAGCGCCCUGCAGGAGGCCUGCGGCAUGCUAGCUAAAAAGUAUGGAGACACCGCAGACGAGUGUGGAGAGGCUUUCUACUGGUGCGGCAAAGCGCUGCUGGAUUUAGCACGGAUGGAGAACUCAGUCCUGGGUAAUGCUCUGGAGGGAGUACCAGAGGAGGAGGAGGAUGAAGAAAAACCCAAAGACUCCAAUGUUGACAGCACAGAAAACAUUGAUGAGAAAACCAGAGAUGAGCUGAGGGUUCAGGUGUAUGACGCCAUGGCGGAGAAGAAAAGUGAAGACGCGGAGAAGAAAAGUGAAGACGCGGAGAAGAAAAGUGAAGACGCAGAGAAGGUUAAAGAGAAGCCUAGCGACGAUAAAGAGAAGAACGGUGACGUAGAAAAACCUGGUGAUGAGCCACAGAAAGCUGCAGAGAAAGAGGAGCAAAAGCACAGCGUGGCAAACGGAGGCAAAUCUGAUAAAAGUGAAGAGAAGACCGAAAAUGACAAAGAAGCCGAGAAAGAAUCGGGAGAUAAGGAAGAGGAAGCAGAAGAUGGUGAGGAAGAGGAGGAGGGGGAGGACGGUGAUGAUGCAGAAAUGGAGUGUGAUGCAGAAGAACAAGGAGACGGAGCUGCUGAGAAGGACAGUGAUGAUGAUGAAGAGGAGGUGGGGAACCUGCAGCUGGCCUGGGAGAUGCUGGAAGUAGCUAAAGUCAUCUACAGAAGGAAAGAGACCAAAGAGGAUCAACUCAUGGCUGCCCAGACGCACUUAAAACUGGGAGAGGUUUCCUCAGAAUCAGGAAACUACACUCAGGCGUUGGAGGACUUCCAGGAGUGUCUGAAGCUGCAGGUGAAGCACCUGGACUCAGACAGCCGCCUGCUGGCUGAGACUCACUACCAGCUUGGUGUGACCUACAGCUUAAACCUCCAAUACAGCGAGGCCAUCGAGGCGCUGAAGAGCUCCAUCUCUGUCAUAAAGAGCAGGCUGGACAAACUGCAGGGGCUGAUCGACCAGGCCGAGGGUCCGGAGGCUCUGCCAGCUGAGAGGAAGGAGAUGGAGGAGCUGAAGGCUCUGCUGCCAGACAUCCAGGAAAAGGUGGAGGACGCCGCAGAAAGUCUGAAAAUGAUGAACGCUGCUGCGGAAACGGCAAAGGCUGCACUGGAUGGAGGCUCCACUUCCUCUGGAUUUCCCGGCUCCACGGCGCAGAACGGAGACUCCUCAUGCAGCUCAAAGAUAAACGGCACAUCAGCCAACGGAGUCAGCUCUACCAACGGACACGCGUCCACGGCUCCAGUCUCUGACAUCUCCCACCUCGUCAGGAAGAAGAGGAAGCCUGAGGAGAGUCCGGUGAAGGAGGGCGUGGUCAAGAAGGUGAAGCAGAAUGAUGGUCAACCUAACGGCGUUCACGAAGCCAACGGAGACACUAACGGACACGCUAAGAGUACGGAAGUCAAGAGUCAGUGAAGCUGAACUCCUCCAGGUUUUUGCCUCCAUCUCUUGCAGAGAUUCACCAACACGCCGAGCUCUUACUGCCCCCGCACUUGUUUGCUGGUUGUAAAUAUGUGUUUUUCAGUGCCUAUUAUGUUUGUGUUUGUUCACAUGUGUAACCUAUCAAGUUCAAUAAAGUAUUGGUUGAUAAAUCUGGUUUGAUCCUGAAUGAAUUGCUCACAGUAGCUGAUUUGAACAGUGAGGAUACACUAGUUAGACAGAGAAACAAUUUGUCAUUUGCAGAGAAACUGCCCAAAACUUCAUAUAGGUAGUAUAGUAUUUAGUUAGCUAGAUGCUACUUUUUCAUUCAAUAUUUAUGUUCCU